UUUAGUCUGUCUUCCACAGUUGGUUGCCUCGGACGUUGUACAAGUACGAAGUGAUGUAGCGAUUGUAGAGUCGUACCAUAACCUCACAUCCGCGAAUGUUUACAUUUAGUACGAGUUUUUAAACAAUUUUUCCGGGCACUAUGGUGACCAAGCCUAAAUGGAAAUUGGUCAGCUUUCUCGUUCCCCUUUGCGUUUUCAGUUUUUGCAGUUGUUUGGCCUUUGGACACGAAAUUUGCCAACACGCUUACCCCAAACAUCAUGAGGUGCUGCAUGCUUUCGUGGAGCCACAUCACGUCAUAAAGAAACGUAGCAUAGACAAAUCUUUGAGAAUUUUACUAUUUUAUGAUCAAAGUGUUUAUAGGCUAGAUGAAAACCGAUUCAAACUGAUUAAUAACACUAUUUUACCUGAAGCUGUGAGUUUUUGGGAACAAGCUCUAUCUGUAAGAAAAGCUGACAACGUCAUCCGACUGACAAGGAAAUGCAACGACAGUCAGGUCUUUGUCAAGAAUGGAAAGACCUAUUGUAUCGACCAAUGCAGUGAAAAUACGAUAUGCGGAGAAGUAGAAGUCCCAGAAGAGCAUCUGGAUGUUUGUAGAGUGUGCAACUCUACUGGACAAAGCUGUAGAGACUAUCCAGGCUCUACUGCUGGCGAGGGGAUUAAGGAUUUCGACUUUGUUUUUUAUGUGUCAGCAAUUCAGUCCGAAAGAUGCAACAAAUCAUUGACAGUGGCUUAUGCCAGCCAUUGCCAGCAAGAGAGCGGAUUAGAUAGGCCAAUAGCAGGACAUGCAAAUUUAUGUCCUGAAAGCAUCAGUACGAGUCGGCAAGAACUAGAAAUACUACUGUCAACUGUCAAACACGAAAUUCUUCACGCGCUGGGUUUUUCCGUGAGUCUCUAUGCUUUCUAUCGCGAUCGUGAAGGCAACCCUUUGACAGAACGCAGCCCAGAGACAGGAAAACCACCCCUAAAUGAGGCUUUGCAAACGUACCAGUGGAGCGAGAAAGUUAUACAGAACUUUACACGUUCCUGGUUAGUAAAGGAAGGGUAUAUGACAAGAGACGUGCAAGUUAUGACUACAGCAACCGUAGUGAAAGAAGCUAGAGAAUAUUUUAACUGUUCCUUGUUGGAAGGUGCCGAGCUGGAGGAUCAAGGUGAAGAAGGAACAGUUCUAACUCACUGGGAAAAGAGAGUAUUUGAGAACGAAGCUAUGACUGGAACCCAUACCCAGAACCCCAUAAUAUCUCGUAUUACACUUGCUCUGAUGGAGGAUACAGGGUGGUAUGUAGCAAACUAUUCCAUGGCAGGCGAUAUGACUUGGGGCAAGAACUUGGGAUGCGAUUUCGUAAUGAAAAGCUGUAAGGAAUGGAUCAACAUGAAAGCCUCUAGGGGUUUCUCUAUCCAUCCAUUUUGCAAUAAAGUUAAGAGGGAUCCUCUUCAGACCGAAUGUACUGACGAUAGAACAUCAGUAGCUCUCUGCAAUUUGAUCGAACACAAGGAAGAACUACCAAAAAUUUAUCAGAAUUUUGAUAGUAUUCAGUACGUGGAAAGUGGGAAAGAGGGAUUUUAUGGUGGAUCAGUAGCUCUAGCAGAUUAUUGCCCUUACAUUCAGGAGUUUACUUGGAGAUCCCAAAAUGUUAUAGUGCGAGGAUCCCACUGCCAAUAUACGGAAAACAAUCCCAAUCCGGAUAAAAAUUUUGCUCUGGAAAAAUACGGAGAGAACUCUAGGUGCUUUGAGCACACCAAUCACAUGUGGGAGGAAAAAUCCUGUGGUCAAAUGAGGCAGUGGAUGCACUGGGGCUCCGGAUGUUACGGAUAUCGAUGCCAAAACGGCCGUUUACACGUUCUGGUCGGAAACUAUUCGUACGAGUGUUACCACGCAAAUCAAGAAAUUACCAUUAGGAUCAUGAGCAACGGGUGGUUGCAUAAGGGAGGCAUUAUUUGUCCGCCUUGCAAAGAAUUUUGCAGCAAAGAAUUCGAAAGCAGGGGGGAACAUUGCAAGAAGGGUGACGAAGCACCCCCCUCGAACUUCUACCCCCGCGACGAUCUACGUUGCGAGUCCGCAGUUGCCAAAGUUACAAUUCCUCCUCUGACAUUCCUACUACUGAUAUUCGCAUUUAGUAUAAUUUAAUGCCACGUUAGUUCAAAAUGAAUGUUUCAUGUGAUACCUUAAGCGUUGUUUAACGCUGAAACCCCUUUGGGAAUUCCGAUGUUCCAUCCCCUCUUGUUGUUCAGCCCUUGCCAAUAAAUAAGGGAGAUUGCUGUUAAUGUUUUAAGAAAUCUGAUAUAUGGUGUGUAUAAAGACUGAUUUUUUUUCGUAUCUACAUGGAUAACGACGUCAAUACAUGACUACCAUUCCAAUCAAUUGGUGUGAUCCUUCUAUAUUUAGCAAUUCUGUGAGAGUUUUUUAUAUGAACGAACUCGGUUUUGUAUUUCUG